GCGGCUCAGUUCAGUUUAUAGUUCUUUGUGCUCGGCAAGAUGGGUGACCAAACCAUCUCUACCAAUUUACUGCUCGAUGCGCUGAUCAAGAAUAUGGAGUCGUUCGACUCGGACCACAAGAGUGCGGACAAUUUUACGUUGUCGCAGUUUUUAAAACUUGUGGCCAUCAUAGACUCUUUUAUCGCAGGCGCUACCGUUGAGCCGGAUGAGGAGGACAAGGAAGCACUGGUGAAAAACUUCUACCUUCAGACCGACGUAAUUCUGUGUCGCCAAUGCAAUGAAGCGCUCAACAGUCGCCAAGACGCACAUUCGCAUUGGCAGACGCACGAAACAAAAACAACGUCAUCGUCGGAAAUAGAAACACCGGGGCCGGGAGACCCACCCAUUAAUCCGCCGCUGCCGCUGGAAACGCCGGCUGCAGUGGGGUCAAAAUAUUUGGACCGGAAUUGCAUUCCCAAAAACAUGGAAUAUCUUUCGAAAAAAGUGAAAACAUUUUUAAGCAAGGAUGCAGAUGAAGUGGCGAGAAAACUCCACUUGGAGAGCUAUUACAUCCAGCAAGAUCAGAGAAACGCAAUGGUUGUGAUGGACCUAACGUCCUCCCUGAUACCCAACUUUCCGCUCACGAAAUGCUACCUCUUCGGUUCGCGGUUCUUCGGUACGGCCACGUUUGAGAGCGAUAUUGACAUUUUUGCUAAUCUGCAAAAUAACUACUGCGGAAGAAAGGGGAGUUUUGGGAAACUUGAUCCUCGGAAAAGUGUUCAAUUGUGUGCGGUAAUUCUGGAGAGAAAUCCAUUAUGGCAGAUUCUAUGUGUAACAGCCACAGCACGCAUUCCGGUGUUGCAAGUGGUUCAUAAAUCGUUUAAUCUAAAGUGCGACAUUUCGUUCACGAGUGGACUGGCACACUGCAAUUCUUCACUGUUAAAUUACCUGUUCGAAUUGCAGCCCACUUGUCGGGCGCUGGUGUGCUACAUUAAAAGUUGGAACAGCGAUUCGAGCCUCACAGGGUAUGCCAUCGCGUUGAUGGCUGUGUUCUUCUUUCAAUGUCACAACCUAUUGCCCUCUGUUCAUCAUUUGCAAAAUGAUUCGCGCACAGCAAGAUAUAUUGAUGACUGGAAUGCUGGAUUUACCAUGCACACAUUAACGCAACUGCAAAUACCGCCGUGCACCAUGCCGAUCAGCACAUUAACGAAACAGUUUUUUGCCUUCUACAGUAACCAGGACCCAAACUUCUCGCUGGAGACUGACGUUGUCUGUCCAUUUUUGGGGCGUUAUGGCAUAAAGAAAAGCAUGUUUCAUGGCCCGGACGCAUCAGGAAUACCCACAGAAAUGUUUCGCUUGCGUUCUUACAUGUGCCAACAUAAAAACGACCCUAACCGGCUAAAUUUGUUCGCGUACGACCGACCGUUCGUUAUUCAGGAUCCCUUCGAGCUGUGCCAUAAUGUAGCGAAAGGUCUGAACGAGUGCCAAGCUGCAAAAUAUCUGCGAAAGUUUCACCAGUGCAGUAUUUUCCAGCCUUCGACAAGAGAUGUGUAAAUGUCGUAAAAUGUGUAAAAUGAUAGGACCUGCAACACCGGCGCAGACUUCCAUCGGAGCGUCUUACAAUCUUUACCAAAAACUUUUGUACUUUUGUACUUUUUUGUACUUGUAGUGUACUUUUUUGACACAAUCGUACUGUCCAUGAAUUAGAAACGAUCUAACUUAAAAUAUGAAUAUUUCAUCAAUUAUUAGACGUAUGUGACCUUUCCGCCUCGAUUGUUUCAUGUUCGAAGUGAAAUCGAGUGCAGCCUUUUAAUUAAGAUAAAAAUAGUGAUAACAUGCCAAGAAUCGCACAAUAAAAACUUUGCUUUGGC